UUAAGGUCAUUAUCGUAAGAAAGAAAAACCAACCAACCAACCAACCGGUGUCGCCCCCCCGUCUCUUCAGAGAGUUGGAAGCUUUUGAAAAGUGUCUGACGAAGUUAUAGCGAAUCCUUCACUGACAGUCGCCAGGGAGAACUUGAAUCCACAAUGCUGGACGGACUUCUUGGCCGUGGGUUCGCCUCCAAAUGGUUUUCCCUCAAAUCUCUCUUUCUCAUCGAUGUUUUAUAUCAAUGAAGAGAAAGGCGACUGAGAAGUUUCUGAAGAAAGAUAUCGCUGAUUUGCUUGCCAAUGGCCUCGAUAUCAAUGCUUAUCAGAGGGCUGAUGGACUUCUAGUUGAAUUGAUGCUUUCUUUGUGUUAUGAUUUCGUUGAGCAAUCAUGCGAUUUGGUAUUGAAACAUCUUUCAAUAAUGCAAAAACAGAGCUGGAUUAUAGGGAAUGCCCUGAGGAUUAUAGGGAGGCUGUAUCAUCCCUAAUGUUUGCUGCUGCGAGAUUUUCAGAAUUGCCAGAAUUACGCCAACUUAGGCAAAUAUUUCAAGAGAGAUAUGGGAAUUCCCUGGAAUUAUAUGUGAAUCUAGAGUUUGUUGAGAAUUCUGCUUCAAAGCCAUCUACAUUAGAGAAGAAAGUUCAGCUAAUGCAAGACAUAGUGCUAGAGUAUUCAAUAACUUGGGACUCCAAGGCUUUUGAGAAGAGGAUGUCUAGACCCUCUACAUGUGUACAGGAGCAACCUACAAACUAUGGCUCUUUCAAUGUCACUACCAAUAAAAACGAACCAUAUAGUGGCAUGGGAACCAUCCCAAGAGGAGAAAAGCCUAAUGUUUCAUUUAAAGAAAGAUUUGAGCUUACUAAUGAUGGGCGUGGAUUGUGCAAUGGCCUCGAAGGUACUAUAUCAAAAAGAGAACUGGACAUUCAGUCUAGACAUGAACCUUCUGGCAAGGGAUACGAGAUGCUUAAUUGCAUAGAACGAACUAUCCUGAAAAAGGAUGGUCAUGACAUUUCGUACCAAGGAAGGCAGGAGGUUGUGAAUGGCAAGCAUGAAGCAUGGAAUUUGAAGGGAGAUGCGACCCCAAAACCAGUUAGAUCUGAAACUUCAUCUCGGAAAAAAAGAUUGGAUGGUCGAACCAGGUUGCUUAUUGAUAGGGAGAAUACCUCUCCUGCAAACAACUGCCGAGGAUCCUUAUUUCAUGGAAAGAAAGAAAUUUAUCCUUUUUUUGCAGGACAGCAGUCGAAGGGCAAUGGUUAUAAGGAACCGUUAGCAGGUAAUAAUCAUGCUGGUCAACAUGAUGUUAAAAAGUCAGUGAAGAAAUUUGAGAAGGAUGUAAUAACACACAAUGUGAAGCCCCACUACAGUAAUGCUACCCCUCCUUAUGUUAAGCCUAAUCUUAAAGCAACGGCUAGCAAAUCUGGACCCAAUUUAGGAUCUUCAAUGGCUGGUUUUGGCAGUAGUGUAGCCCUUACAGACCCUUCAUUGCGCAAGAGAGGCAAAGCUGGUAAUACUUCAGCGAGGAUCCAAUUACUUUCAGAUCAAUCUGUCCAUCGGAGGCAGGUUGUUGGAACGGCAAGUUUGAAUGAUCAUGGCGAAGAGAGAGAUCACGUUUAUCAGGACGACGAAACUGGUAACUCAUCAUCAAAACUAAGAUCAGCCAGGAGGAGACCCGCGAAAUCACAUCCUGACCAUAAUAAUGCUGGCUACUUUGAAGAUACAGGACUUUUUACAAGAAAACCAAGAAGCAAGGGAAGGGACAACUCAAGACGUGGCUUGCAAAUUUUGUUUGAUGAUGAGCAAUAUCAGAACAAUGAAGAGGAAAGGAUCUUGGACAAACUGUUAAGUCAGUAUAGUAAGAAACCAUCACCCUAUGAACUAGGAAGGGUGAGGAAAUCCAAAAACCGUCGGGCACAUCACAUGAGCACUGAUGUGAGGGAAUCCCCACAGAAUGGCAAGGAUAUGCCUGAUGAGAAGCCUGAGGAUGUUCCUCCUCCACCCCGGUCAGUUUCUCUACCUCGUGAACAUACAGGUCAAUCAGAGGUAACCAAAAUAUUCUCCCGCACUGUAUCUUUUCAGCCUGAUAGGUCAAGUUUAGCUCGGCAUGUGCAUCCUAAGCUGCCAGACUAUGAUGAUUUGGCUGCCAAGUUUGCGGCCCUAAGAGGGAAGUAAAGGGGUUGAGCUUUUAUAUCUUUUUACGUUAUAAUCAGCAUGAGUACUGCAACCAUUCUAAAGUUUCAGCAUUUGUUACCUUGGUGGAUCUGGUGCUGGCUUUGAAGAAAAGUAGCGUGGCUAUACCCUCCCAUAACUGAGGUUUAUGAAUGGAGUAUAUUCUCCAUGUGUCUUGUGCUGGAAUGUUCUUCUCUGCAGCCUAUGGACAAUUGCAAAGGUCACAUACUAUAUUUUAACACGGUUCCUGCAGACCUAUUGGUUGCGAGAGUUGUAACAAUUCAUGCAGCUUCAAAUGAUAGAUAGAACUUGACAUUGAAAAGUUCAUAUUGUAUCAGUGUCCUUUGUACCAAAUAAAGAAAAAAAAUG